AGGGGCCUGAGAGAAAGAUAAAUAGGACGAAUAGUGUUGAGAUGGUGUCCGCGCUCUCUUUCUGUGACCUGAAAGGCAGCUCAGAUCAGGGUCAGGCUCAGCAUAUGGAGGAUGAGGCUACUGUGCCUAUAUACGAGAGACAUGCUGAAGCAUUAUAUCAAAAUGUAGUGGAAGGUAGUUUUCAGGAGCCUCAUUUCAGUGGCCUUGAAGUCCAGCCGCCUGCAAAUCCGCAAAACAUUUUGAGCCGGUAUCAGUUUGGCAGAAUACUUGGUCAGGGAGGAUUCGGCACUGUCUAUGAAGGGAGACGCCUGGAGGAUGGCCUUGAGGUGGCAGUAAAAAUUGCCAGAAAGCCGUGGAAUAUGCCGUACAUUGUCAUUCCUGGUCAUCCCGCACUCCUUCCAUUAGAGGUCGGCCUGUUAAUCCUGGUUAAUUGGGACCCUAAAGUUCCACAGAUCGUUCAGCUGCUGGACUGGCAGGACCAGCCUGACUACUACAUCAUGGUUUUGGAGCGCCCCUCACCCUGCACAGAUCUGUCUAACUACAUUAGCCUCUUUAGAGGAACUCUCCAUGAAUUUGUAGCGCGACUUGUCAUGUGGCAGGUAACGCACGCCGCUAACGUGUGCAGUGCCCGUGGUGUUCUCCACCGUGACAUUAAGAUGGAGAAUCUGCUGAUCAAUCCAGAAACAUUAGAGAUUAAACUGAUUGACUUCGGAUGUGGGGAUCUCCUGAAGGAAUCUGCAUAUAAUCAAUUCUGUGGCACAGAAGAUUAUUGCCCCCCUGAGUUCAGAACAGAGGGCAGGUACCAUGGGAAUCCUGCAACUGUGUGGUCACUGGGAGUCCUCUUAUUCAGAAUGGUGUGUGGACACUUUCCAGAACCCAUAGAACUGCUGGCGAUUUAUACGGGCAUUUGGAAUCAGUCUGGCUUGUCACACGAAUGCUGCCAUCUGAUUCAGUGUCUCCUGCAGCAGGACCCAAGCCGGCGGAUUGGUUUGGAGGAAAUCCUGCCCCAUUCAUGGUUUCAGGUACUGAGCCUAAGAUCAGCUACUAAUGGUUUAGAAGAAGUAUUCACAUUUUGACUCCCUAUUAUUAUGCAUUUGUUUUUAUAUGUCGUAUCUUUAUUGUUUGUGACACAAUUCUGAAGUCAAAUCUCUUCUAAAUGUAACGUAUGUAGACAAUAACUUUCUGUAUUUUGUUUCAGGCCAUCCUGUAAGAAAAAAGGGAUCAAACUAACUGAUUGACUUCGGAUGC